ACUUAUUAUCAUUUGAUAACAGAUUAUGUUUGCUACAAACUUAUUAACUUAAAGAAAUUACAUUUCAUGAUGUUUAAAUAUUUGUAGAAAAAUCCUUGAAAUCUAUUCAAAAUAUAUAGUAUUUUGUCUAUUCUCAUUAGUGUGUACAUCAUAUUUUUUCUGUCAAUUCCAAGAAUAAUGAAACCUGGAAUUGUUGCAGAUGAAAUGUUCCCUGAAGGAACUAGUGCAAUUAUGGACAUGGAUGAUGAAGCAGGCAGCAAUGUUAUGUAUGAAAUGAAUGAUAAAAAUCUCCAAGCUGAUUUUUACAAUGAUUUUGAUGACCUCAAUGAUGAUGAAGAAUUCUAACAUCAGUAAUUAAUAUACAUAUAUAUUGUAAAUACCAUAAAAUAAUAAUAAUAAUAAUAUUGUAAAUUAAAAACAUUUAAAAAAUUUUUUUAAAAUGUCUGUAAAUUUACUAAAUUAUCUAAUUUUAGCAGUAAAGCACAUAUUGUAUUAGAACAAAUUUUUACAUCAAUAAAAGUUGUGAUUAUAUUAAAAUUUUUAACAAAAAAAUAUGGUAUAUACAAGUUAUGAUUUUUGGUAUUUUCAUAUCUAUUUAUUAAAUAUAAUUUAUAUACAUACCAAUUAAAGUAAAACUACAACUAACUGGUUAAUACAGAUUUAGAAUAAUUUUACUAAUUAUCUUAGUUU